ACGUCAGCAGUUUCCAUUUACCUUUUUUCCAGAAGCUCCGUCCUGUGGUAGCGGCGGUUGUUGUGUUCUCCGGUGGUCGGUGGAGCUCCGUGUUCGGACAUGGCGCAGUACAAGGGGGCGGCCAGCGAGGCCGGGAGAGCCAUGCAGCUCAUGAAGAAGCGGGAGAAACAGCGGGAGCAGCUGGAACAGCUGAAGCAGAAGAUAGCGGAGGAGAAUGUGGUGAAGGCAAAUAUCAACAAGAAAUUCUCUGCCCAUUAUGACGCCGUGGAGGCCGAGCUGAAAUCCAGCACCGUGGGUUUGGUGACCCUUAAUGACAUGAAAGCCAAGCAGGAGGCGCUGGUGAAAGAGAGGGAGAAGCAGCUGGCCAAGAAGGAGCAGUUCAAAGACCUGCAGCUGAAGUUGGAGAAACAAAGGGAACGGGAAAGGAAGAAGGAGCAGAAGCGGAAGAUUGCCAGCCUGUCCUUCAACAUUGACGACGAUGAGGACGAGGAAGAGGAUGAAGACGACAUGGAGGAGGAGGAGGAGGAGCUGGAAAAGGAAGAGCUGCCCAAGAAGAAAAAGAAGCUGGGAAAGAACCCCGAUGUAGACACAAGUUUCCUGCCAGACAGAGAUCGAGAGGAAGAAGAGAACCGUCUCCGAGAAGAGCUAAGACAGGAGUGGGAGCGCAAACAAGAAAAGAUCAAGAGUGAGGAGAUAGAGAUUACCUUCAGCUACUGGGACGGCUCAGGACACCGCAGGACAGUAAAGAUGAAAAAAGGAAAUACCAUCCAGCAGUUUCUGCAGAAAGCCCUGGAGAUCCUGCGCAAGGACUUCAGUGAGCUCAGGUCGGCAGGUGUGGAGCAGCUAAUGUACAUUAAAGAGGAUCUGAUCAUCCCACACCAUCACAGCUUUUACGAUUUUAUUGUGACGAAGGCGAGGGGUAAAAGUGGGCCGCUGUUCAACUUUGACGUGCACGAAGACGUCCGCCUGCUGAGCGAUGCCACAGUGGAGAAGGAUGAGUCUCAUGCUGGGAAAGUUGUUCUUCGGAGCUGGUAUGAAAAGAACAAACACAUCUUUCCAGCAAGCAGGUGGGAGCCCUAUGACCCAGAGAAGAAGUGGGAUAAGUACACAAUCCGGUGAUCGCACCUGCUGUGACCCGUCCUGAUUGGACAGAAGUGUUGCUUUAUGUUCUUAUGGGAUCUUGUAUAUAGUCUUGUAAUUACUGUGGUGUUUUUAUAUGUUUUGGACACAGAAUAAAUACAUUGCUGUGUUCUCUA